UGCGCCGAGCGGAGGCGCCGCCCGAGCCCGCCGGCCUCGACGCCCGAGCGGGAGGACAUUAAGUUGGAUUAAAAAGGGGGGCGAUAAUGCACCAUGGCAACGGUCCUCAGAAUGUCCCGCAUCCGCUGCAGAGGUCCAGGGCCUUCGUUGGCAGCGAGGAAGAGCAGCAGGCCCACCCAGUGCCACCCCAGUCCCCUGCCACGCCCUUGGCGCCGUCGGCGAGCCCAUCUGCACCCCAGUCACCCACUUACCAAGUCCAGCAGCUGAUGACUAGGAGUCCUGCGGCGGGGCAGCACGUGAACAUCUCCCUGCAGAACGUGGGGCCAGUGGUGGCGGGGAGCCCCCAGGUCACACUCGCCCCUCUGCCGCUCCCCACCCCCACCUCUCCAGGGUUUCAGUUCGGCGGCCAGCAGAAGCGCUUUGAGCACGGAUCGCCACCCUACAUCCAGGUGACCUCGCCGCUGCCCCAGCAGGUGCAGACUCACAGCCCCACGCAGCCCAGCCCUGGGCCGGCCCUGCAGGGCGGGCGGGCAGGUGCCCCAGGCCCGGGCCUGGGCCUCUGCAGCAGCAGUCCCACGGGGAGCUUCGUGGACACCAGUGUGCUGGUGCGGCAGAUCAGCCUGAGCCCGUCCAGCGCCGGGCACUUUGUGUUUCAGGACAGCUCAGGCCUGGCCCAGAUGGCGCAGGGCGCCCAGGUCCAGCUGCAGCACUCGGGGGCUCCCCUCGCCGUCCGGGAGCGGAGGCUCUCCCAGCCCCACGCACAGUCUGGAGGGACCGUCCACCACCUGGGGCCCCAGAGCCCUGCCGCCGCAGGGGGCGCCGGCCUGCAGCCCCUGAGCGGCCCAGGCCACAUCACCACGACCAGCCUGCCGCCCCAGAUCAGCAGCAUCAUCCAGGGGCAGCUGGUCCAGCCGCAGCCGGUGCUGCCGGGGCCACCGCUCAGCAGACCGCUGCUCUCAGGGGUGGGGGUGGGGGUCGGGGGGACGUCGGCGUUCGGGAUGACAUCCCCGCCGCCUCCCAGCAGCCCUUCCAGGACAGUGGUGCCCCCCGGGCUCUCUAGCCUCCCCCUCGCGCCUGCGCCGAGCGUGGGGCCGAGAAAGGCUCCCAAGAAGCUGGAGGAGGUGCCCCCGGCCUCGCAGGAGCUGGCGCAGAUGCGGAAGCGGUGCCUGGACUACCACCACCGCGAGAUGGAGGCGCUCAGGGAGGCCUUCAGGGAGUGUCUGAUCGAGCUCUUCUUCCUGCAACACCUCCAAGGCAACAUGAUGGACUUCCUGGCCUUCAGGAAGAAGCACUGCGCCCCGCUGCAGGCCUACCUCCGGCAGAACGACCUGGACCUGGAGGAGGAGGACGAGGAGGAGGCGCCGGCCGCGGAGGCGGAGAAGGCGGAGGUCAUCAACGACGAGCAGCAAGCCCUCCCAGGAGCCCUGGUGGCGGGGGCCACGGGUGCAGUAGAAACGGACCCCUUUAAGAGGCAGCCGGCAGGUCCCCCGGCAGAGCCGCCUAAGAGACCUCGACUUGAAGUGGGCCACCAAGGCGUGGUUCUGCAGCACCCGGGGGUGAGCACAGGCGUCCCUCUCCAGCAGUUGAUGCCAACAGUCCAAGGAGGAAUGCCUCCCGCCCCGCAGGCCGCGCAGCUGCUGGGGCAGAAGCAGAGUCAGCAGCAGUAUGACCCAUCCACCGGGCCACCGGUGCAGAACGCAGCCAGUCUGCACACCCCACCUCCCCAGCUCCCCAGCAGGCUGCCCCCUGCUGGCCUCCCUGCUGCCCCCCUCACGGCCACGCUGCAGUUCUCACAGCCACCGCAGAUGGGGGAACCCCCUCCGCAGCUCCAUAUCCCAGUGAAGACGCAGCCACCUCAAGCCUCUGUCUCUGCGCCCCCCACCAGCCAGCUCCCCACCCCUCCUGCACAGCCCACCGCGCUGGCCCACCAUGGCCCAGUCCCCGGGAAGGCCCAGCUGCAGAGCCUACAGCUGCCAUCCCAGCCCCAGGUGGUGGCGUCCAGACCACCAGCAGACCCCGCUCAGCCCUGCCAGCGCCCACUGCCCUCCUCUUCUGCCUCGUCCACGGCUCCGGGGGUUGGCGCCAGCCAAGGACCCACGCCCGCAAGGGCCUCCCCAGUGAGCAGACCCUCUUCUGCAACCAAUAAGUCGCUGUCUCCAGUUACCUCCCGGUCCCUGGGGACAGCUGUAUCUGCUGUCCCGAAGCCACAGAGCCCAGCCCAGAGUGCCGCCCCGCCCCAAGACAACUCUCAGGACAAACUGGCAGAGCAGAUAGCGCUGGAGAACCAGACACACCAGCGCAUUGCAGACCUGAGGAAAGAAGGUCUGUGGUCGCUGCGGCGGCUGCCCAAGCUGCAGGAGGCCCCGCGGCCCAAGUCGCACUGGGACUACCUGCUGGAGGAGAUGCAGUGGAUGGCGGCAGACUUCGCCCAGGAGCGGCGCUGGAAGGUAGCUGCGGCCAAGAAGCUGGUCAGGACCGUGGCGCGCCAUCAUGAGGAGAAGCAGCUGCGCGAGGAGAGAGGAAAGAAAGAAGAGCAGAAUCGGCUGAGACGGAUUGCUGCCUCAACCGCCAGAGAAAUAGAGUAUUUUUGGUCAAAUAUUGGACAGGUCGUGGAAAUAAAACUGCAAGUAGAAUUAGAAGAGAAAAGGAAGAAGGCCUUGAGUUCACAGAAAGGCUCCAGGAGAGGUAAAGACUCGAGACCCAAGGGACUUGACGUGCUGCCAGAGAAUUUUUUGGAUUCAGGAAUGUCUGUGAGAAAAAGAAAAGCCAGCACGUCUCUGACUGAUGACGAAGUGGAGGACGAGGAGGAGACCAUCGAAGAGGAGGAGGCCCGCGAAGGGGCCGUGGAUCACCAGACAGAGCUGUCCAACCUGGCGAAAGAAGCGGAGCUGCCCCUGGCCGACCUGCUGAGGCUGUACGAAGGCGCCUUCCUGCCCGGCUUCCAGUGGCCCCAGCCGCCCCCCGGCAGCGAGGACACGAGCGAGGAGGAAGAGGCGGAAAGCUGCCCUGGGGACCGCGAGGGCCGGAAGGACGUGGUGCUCAUCGACUCGCUGUUCAUCAUGGACCAGUUUAAAGCCGCGGAGAGGAUGAGCGUCGGGAAGCCCCACACCAAGGACGUGGCGGAAGUGACCGCGGUGGCCGAAGCUGUCCUCCCCAAGGGCAGCGCUCGCAUCAGCACCGCGGUGAAGUUGAGCGUCCCGCCCCUGCUGUACGGCGCGCUCAGAGACUACCAGAAGAUCGGCCUGGACUGGCUGGCCAAGCUUUACCGCAAGAACCUGAAUGGCAUCCUGGCCGACGAAGCAGGGCUCGGCAAGACCGUGCAGGUCAUAGCCUUCUUUGCCCACCUCGCCUGUAACGAAGGCAACUGGGGCCCGCACCUGGUGGUGGUGCGCAGCUGCAGCAUACUCCGCUGGGAGCUCGAGCUGAAGCGCUGGUGUCCCGGGCUUAAGAUCCUCCUGUAUGUCGGCAGCCGCCGGGAACUCAAGGCAAAGAGACAGGGGUGGGCCGAGCCUGGCAGCUGCAACGUCUGCCUCACGUCCUACAAGCAGCUCUUCCGGGGCCACGCGGCCUUUGCACGGGCGCGCUGGCGGUGCCUAGUCAUGGACGAGACGCAGCGCGUGAGGGCCAUGAGCGAGCGACACUGGGAGGCCGUGUUCGCCCUGCACAGCCAGCAGCGCCUGCUGCUGAUGGACGCGCCCCCACACAACACCCUGGCGGAACUAUGGACCAUGGCGCACUUCCUCAUUCCCGGCAUCUCCCGGCCCUACCUGCACUUCCCGCUCAAGGCCCCCAGCGAGGAGAACCAGGAUUACUACCACAAAGUGGUCAUCCGGCUGCACCGGGUGACGCAGCCGUUCAUCCUGAGGAGGACUAAAAGGGACGUGGAAAAGCAGCUGACCAAGAAGUAUGAGCACGUCUUGAAGUGCCGUCUGUCUGCGCGGCAGAGAGCCCUGUACGAGGAUGUGAUCCUGCAGCCCAGCACGCAGGAGGCGUUGAAGAGCGGGCACUUCGUGGACGUGCUGCGCAUCCUGCUGCGGCUGCAGCGCAUCUGCAACCACCCGGGGCUGGUGGCGCCCCGGCUCCCGGAGUCGUCCUACACGGCGGGCCCGCUGCAGCUCUGCAUGGCCUCCCUGGUGCUCAAGGCCCUGGAUAGAGACUCCUGGCAGGACACCGAUCUCUCCAUGUUUGACCUUGUUGGCUUGGAGAACAGAAUGACUCGCCACGAAGCCGAGCUGCUGAGCCGGAGGCAGGCCACCCGGAAGCUCUUCGAGGAGCUGCUGACUGCGCCCCCGCCGCCCGGCAGGCCGGCCGCCUUCAGGCUGAAGCCCAGCAGGUUGUUCCAGCCUGUGCAGUACGGACAGAAGCCCGAGGGCCGCACGGUGGCCUUCCCCAGUGCACACCCGCCCCGCACGGCUGCCACCACCGCCACCACGCCCCAGGGCCAUGUGCGAGGACGGCCCCCUAUCGCCACCUUCUCUGCAAACCCAGAUGCCAAAGCGGCCCCGUUUCAGAGCUCUCAGGCGUGCACCGGCGCUCCGCGACACCCACCCGCCUCGACCUUCAGCCCAGCGCCUAGCCCAGCCCGUCCUGCGAAACUGCGGGCACAGACCACUGCCCAGGCGCCGGCCCCAGGCCCGUCCCAGCCCCAGCCCCAGGCCCCCCCGCUCCCGACCGGGCAGAGCGCACUGCCGCAGGGGCUGGUGCUCACAUCGCAGGCCCAGGCGCGCCUGCCCAGUGGAGAGGUCGUCAAAAUCGCCCAGCUGGCUUCCCUCUCGGGACCACCGAGUCGCGUGGCUCAGCCAGAGACCCCCGUGACCCUGCAGUUCCAAGGGAACAAGUUCACCCUGUCUCACAGCCAGCUGCGGCAGCUCACGGCCGGCCAGCCCCUGCAGCUCCAAGGCAGCGUCCUCCAGAUCGUGUCUGCGCCCGGGCAGUCCUACCUGCGCCCUCCGGGCCCUGUGCUGAUGCAGACCGUGUCUCAGGCGGGCGCCCUCCAUGCCCUGGGGAGCAAGCCCCCCGCCAGCGGCCCGGGCCCCACCCCCUUGGCCCCACAAGGUGGUGUGCCCGGUCGGGUGGCAGUGAACCCCAUGGCUGCUGGAGAGCCUGGAGUGGCCCCCAAACCUGCCUCGCCGCUCGGCGUGCCUACCCAGGAGGACAAGGCCAGGCUUCUGAAGGAGCGGCUGGACCAGAUCCACCGUGUCAACACACGGCGCUGCGCCCGGGCCCCUGUCUACGGCCGAGACCUGCUGAGCGUCUGCUCCCUCACAGGGGUGGGGGCAACACCCUGGCUCAGGCCCGUGCACAGCAGCCAGGGCCGGGGCUGUGACGUGCUGCCUGCAGACAUGCGGAGGGGCCUGAUCCUGACGCUGGCAGAACGGCAGGAAGCCCUGCGAGACGUCAUGGCCAGGGUGGCCUGUGUGAUCCCUACAGUGGUGGCUGCGCCCCCGUCUCUGUGGGUAGCCCGGCCGCCCCCCAUCUAUAGCCACAGAAUGCGGGUGCUCAGGCACCGCCUCAAGGAGCACAUGGCCCCCCACGCCCAGCAACUGCAACGCCUGACUGCCCCAUGCUCCCUGCGCUUCCCGGAGCUCAGGCUGGUCCAGUUUGACUCAGGGAAGCUGGAAGCGCUGGCCGUGCUGCUGCAGAAGCUAAGAGCGGAGGGACGCCGUGUGCUGAUCCUGUCGCAGAUGCUGCUGAUGCUGGACAUUCUGGAGGUGUUCCUGGACUUCCACUACCUCACCUACGUGCGCAUCGAUGAGAACGCCAACAGCCAGCAGCGGCAGGAGCUGAUGAGGAGCUUCAACAGGGACAGGCGGAUCUUCUGCGCCAUCCUUUGCACUCACAGCCGCCCCGCGGGCGGGAGCCUGGUGGAGGCCGACGCGGUGGUCUUCUACGACAGUGACCUGAACCCCGUGAUGGACGCCACGGCCCAGGAGUGGUGUGAGCGCAUCGGGAGGCGCCGGGACGUGCAUGUGUUCCGGCUUGUGAGCGGCAACUCCAUUGAAGAGAAACUGUUGAAAAAUGGAACCAAAGACCUGAUCCGGGAAGUGGCUGCCCAGGGCAACGACUACUCCAUGGCCUUCCUGACACAGCGGACGAUCCAGGAGCUGUUUGAGGUUUACUCGCCCAUGGACGACACGGGCUUCCCGAUGAAGGCCGAGGAGUUUGUCGUCCUUUCUCAGGAACCUUCCGUCACAGAAACCAUCGCACCCAAAAUUGCUCGGCCGUUCAUUGAGGCCCUCAAGAGCAUCGAGUAUCUGGAGGACGGUGCGGAUAGGCCCACAGAGGAAGCAGUGCUGGGGGGCCCUGACAGCCCACCGGGGGAUCCUGAGCCCUCGCCCUCGGAGGAGUUGGCUGACUUCAUGGAGCAGCUUACACCUAUCGAAAAGUACGCUCUGAACUACCUGGAGUUGUUUCACACGGCCACCGACGACGAGGCCCGGGGCCGGGAGGAUGCGGUGGUGAGCGCGGUGCGCGCCUGGGAGUGCCAGAACGCCAGGGCCCUGCGGGAGGAGGCGGCCAGGGCACGGCGGGAGCGCGAGCAGGAGGAGCUGCUCACCUACACACGGGAGGACGCUUACCGUGCGGAGUACGUGUACGAGGGAGCCGAUGGGCAGACAGAAGCCAUGCCGCUCUGGACCCCGCCCACGCCCCCCCAGGACGACAAUGACAUCUACACCGACUCCGUCAUGUGCCUCACGUACGAGACCACCCCCAUCCCGGAGUCGAAGCUGCCCCCUGUGUACGUCAGGAAGGAGCGCAAGCGGCACAAGACGGAUCCCUCAGCUGCAGGCAGGAAGAAGAAGCAGCGCCACGGCGAGGCGGUGGUGCCGCCCCGCUCGCUGUUUGACCGCGCCGCGCCGGGCGUGCUGAAGGUGCGGCGGGAGGGCAAGGAGCAGAAAAAGAACAUGUUGCUGAAGCAGCAGACGCAGUUCGCCAAGCCCCUGCCCACCUUCGCCAAGCCCACGGCCGAGGCCGGCGCCGACAACCCCGAAUGGCUCAUCAGCGAGGACUGGGCGCUGCUGCAGGCCGUGAAGCAGCUCCUGGAGCUGCCCCUGAACCUCACCAUUGUGUCGCCGGCUCACACGCCCAACUGGGACCUGGUCAGCGACGUCGUCAACUCCUGCAGCCGCAUCUACCGCUCGUCCAAGCAGUGCCGGAACCGCUACGAGAGCGUGCUCAUCCCGCGGGAGGAGGGCAAGAGCAAGAACAACCGCCCGCUGCGCACGGGCCAGAUGUACGCCCAGGACGAGAACGCCACGCACACCCAGCUGUACAGCAGCCACUUCGACCUCAUGAAGAUGACGGCCGGGAAGAGGAGCCCCCCCAUCAAGCCUCUGCUUGGCAUGAACCCCUUUCAGAAGAACCCCAAGCACGCCUCCGUGCUGGCCGAGAGCGGGAUCAACUAUGACAAGCCGCUGCCCCCCAUCCAGGUGGCCUCUCUGCGUGCAGAACGCAUCGCCAAGGAGAAGAAGGCGCUGGCCGACCAGCAGAAGGCCCAGCAGCCGUCUGUGGCGCAGCCCCCGCCGCCGCCCCCGCCACAGCCGCAGCCCCCGCCCCCGCAGCCGCCGCCGCCACCGCUGCCCCAGCCCCAAGCGGCGGGCAGCCAGCCCCCAGCCGGGCCACCAGCCGUCCAGCCCCAGGCCCAGGCCCAGGCCCAGCCGCCGCCCACCCCUGCCCCGCCCAAGGUGCCGCCCGCCAUCACCACAGUGGGCAGCGCUGCUGUGCUGGCAGGUGCCAUUAAGACGUCCGUCCCUGGGUCAAGCAUGCCGGCUGGCACCGUGAGUGGGAACGUGAUUGUGAACACCAUCGCUGGGGUGCCCGCGGCCACCUUUCAGUCCAUUAACAAGCGCCUGGCUUCACCUGCGGCCCCGGGGGCCCUGACCGCCUCCGGAGGCGCCGCUCCUGCACAGGUGGUGCACCCACAGCCGCGUGCGGUGGGCUCCCCAGCCACAGCCGCGUCCGACCUGGUGUCCCUGGCGCCCACCCAGGGUGUUCGCGCUGUCACCUCUGUGGCCACCUCGGCCGUGGUCACGACCAGCCUGACCCCCGUGCAGACGCCAGCCCGGUCUCUGGUGACUCAGGUGUCCCAAGCCCCAGGGGUCCAGCUCCCCGGGAAGACCAUCACCCCCGCACACUUCCAGCUGCUCCGCCAGCAGCAGCAGCAACAGCAGCAGCAGCAGCAACAGCAGCAGAGCCCUCAGGUGCAGGUCCCGCAGAUGCAGGCCCAGGCCCAGGCCCCCACGCAGAUCAAGGCCGUGGGCAAGCUGACGCCGGAGCACCUGAUCAAAAUGCAGAAACAGAAGCUGCAGCUGCCCCAGCAGGCCCCCCCACCACAGGCCCCACCGGGGCCCCCGCCAACAACUGCUCAAGUGCAGGUGCCGCCCCCGCCGCCCUCCCAGCAACAGAGCCCCCAGCUCACGACGGUCGCGGCCCCGCGGCCCGGAGCCCUGCUCACAGGCACCACCGUGGCCAACCUGCAGGUGGCUCGGCUCACUCGAGUGCCCACAUCACAGCUGCAGGCGCAGGGGCAGAUGCAGGCCCAGGCGCCCCAGCAGGCUCAGGUGGCCUUAGCAAAGCCCCCGGUGGUGUCUGUGCCCGCGGCCGUGGUCUCCUCACCGGGCGUCACGACGCUGCCCAUGAACGUUGCGGGGAUCAGCGUGGCCAUCGGGCAGCCGCAGAAAGCCACAGGACAGACAGUCGUGGCCCAGCCCGUGCACGUCCAGCAGCUGCUGAAGCUCAAGCAGCAGGCCGUGCAGCAGCAGAAGACCAUCCAGCCCCAGGCCGCCCCCAGCCCGGCCACUGUCCAACAGAAGAUCACGGCACAGCAGAUAGCUGCUCAGGGCCAGCCUCAGAAGGUCACCUACGCAACCCAGCCAGCCCUGAAGACCCAGUUCCUCACCACGCCCAUCUCGCAGGCCCAGAAGCUGGCCGGGACGCAGCAGAUGCAGACCCAGAUCCAGGUGGCAAAGCUCCCGCAGGUGGUCCAGCAGCAGGCGCCGGUGGCCGGAGUCCAGCAGGUCGGCGCUGCGCCCCAGCAGGCCUCCCCACAGACGGUGACCCUCACCCAGGCGACCUCGGCCGGGCAGCAGGUCCAGAUGAUCCCCGCGGUGACGGCCACAGCACAGGUGGUCCAGCAGAAGCUCAUGCAGCCGCAGGUGGUGACCACGGCGGCCCAGCUGCAGGCGCCAGGGGUGCCCAGUCCCGCACAGGCGCCCGCCAGCUCCGACAGCCCCGGCCAGCAGCCCAAGCUGCAGAUGCGCGUGCCGGCCGUCAGGCUGAAGACCCCCACCAAGCCUCCGUGUCCCUAGCCGGGCGGCGGGCAUCCGCGGGCCAUCCCGGCG